AUGCCCAAAAAGCACAGAAACCCCUUUUUAACAAGACCGAGUGGUUCAGCCCACCACUCACUCACGUCGAACCAUGGGGAGUCCAGCUACACCUCUGAAACUCGCUCGGUCAACGAUCUAAUCACCCAUCUACGCCGCACUCAAAUAACCAGUUCACCUGAACAUCAGAAUUCCCAUUCUAGUAGUUUCAACGCUACUCGGUCUCUUCCGCCAGCGUUGCGCAAUGUUCUAGAGCUUCCAGAGACACUCCCACCUCGGCCACGCGAUGCGCGGCGCACACAAAUCGGCGGGCGGCCGAGGCGUCCACCCCCGGGCCCACCACCUCCAGAUAGCUGGGGUGUAAGGGCCUCUGAAAAUGUAUUAACGCAACCAGAGUUGGAAGAAGGGAAAGUCAUUUAUCGGCUUGAUCGUCUUCCCGGAUGCGCAUUCCCGGGGGAACAAAGUAUCUUACAUCAAAUUCUCAAGUCCAUGUCCAAGAACUGGGCGUUCCAUCUGGAAUAUGAUGGAAAUUUCUUGUCUCAGAUUCCAGUCCAUAUAAAGGUUUUACUGCUCAGCUAUAUCGCCGCUUAUGGCAUCGAGCAGAACCUGAAAGACCGCAUGGUCGGAUUAAAACCACUAUUCCUCAGUGAGGCUGAAAUGAAUGCAAUGAACGCGGAAGAUGAAGAUGAAGUUGAUGAGCCCGACGAGGCUGCUGUCAAAAGCUUCAAAAAGAACAAGCCCGACGAUUCUAUCAUGCGGUUAGAUUUGGGUCAUGCAAUUGGAUACUGGAUAUCUAUCAAGCAGCUUACCAACGAGCUUUUGAUCUCGAACAAAACAGAGAAUUUAGAAGAUGAACCCCCAAGCUCUUGGGAUGAAAGUCUCUAUGAGGAAAGGAUUCCCAAGUCCAUCCGUCCACGACUCCGCUUCAAAAACAUCCGCUACCUCUCCCUGGCGCAUCCCAAUUCGCUUAACGCAAACUGGAAAUCUCUCCUCCAUAUAAUGCCCCACUUAUCAACAAUUACCCAUCUAUCUCUUGCCUGGUGGCCCACUCCAAAUCGCCAUGGCUCUACUAGAAAGCCUCAGACUGAGAACGAAUGGGCCGAAGCAGCAAGUACUCUCCGCCUGCUCUCUCGUGUCACUUACUGCCUGAAAUGGCUCGACCUUGAAGGCUGUUCGUCCUGGUUUUCCGCUCUUACUUGGUCGGGAUCUGGUUCGAAUGGCGCUAGUUACCCUCGCGGAUCUUGUGGCCCGGAGUGGAACGGGUCGUGGAGAGAUAUUGAUACUAUAAAUCUCUCUCCUGGCUGGGAACCAUGGAGCUUUACGGAUAUUAUGUCUGGUACUGAUGGUGAUAUCUUAACUCGCAAUCCCAGCACACUUUCUCGUGCGCUGGAUCGGGCGGGCUUGAAGGAUGACGAUGAUCGUCAAAGGGCUGAAAUGGAGAUAGCAAGCUUGCGUGAGGUGCAUAAUCGCGCAGAGUCUGUGGCUCGAGAAAUCAAUCAGAUUCGAAAGGAAGAUAAAGGGAAGUGGAUGCGGCUUGUUUUGAAUUAG